AUGGGCCGAUCAGACUCCGAGUCCUCAAUUGUCGAGGUAUCCUCUGAAGAAACGCAGUUCGUGCCGCAGGAAGGGGACGACGAGGUGCUAUGGACCGUCCUCCACAUCACCGCGGAGAGGAAGGGAAUGUACAAGGUCAAGUGGGACGGCGUUGACCCAAAAACGGGCAAACCGUGGCCUCAAUCUUGGGUCGCGAAACAUGAUGUUACCGAUGACCUGAGGCACGCCUGGAAGCUUAAACAAGCGAAGAAGAAAAAAGGGGAAGAAGAGAGGAUGAAAUUGAAGAAACGAGAAUCAACCGCAUCUAAGAGGUCUCGCGCCUCCAAGGCACCCAGUACUUCGUCGACUACAACAACUCUCAAGCAAAGAGGUCAAUCCGCCACUACUACACGUACACCGAUACCCGGAGACUCUGACGACGACGGCAUGCCACCACCUCCACCUCCCACAACAGCUAAACGCAAACACUCCUCCACCUCCACCUCCAGCUCAGCGAAGAAAUUCAAGGAAGAUCCCGACGCAGAGUCAACCCGCCCUGCGAAAAAGCGAAAACUCGACCCGGAAGUUAAUUCCAAGCCUGCAAACUCGUCAGGGAGCAAGGGGAAAGAACCAGUCAACGGAGAAGCCGCCCGUACAACCCGUAAACUUUCUGUGCCAACACGGGGCGGCAAGAGAAGCGUUUCUCGCGCCCAGGCGCACGAGGACAGUUCUGAUGAAGAAAUGAGGCUCCCUACUCCCGUUGCUAGACCAACCGUCAAGAACAAGGGAAAGGGCAAGGCGCGCCCGGAUCCAGACACCGAUAAUGAAGUGAUCAGCAUCAAGAGCUCUUCAUCCGCAGCCUCCGAACAUAUACAGGAGAUGUUGGACGCGAUUCCCCCUGAAUCCGAUGUCGACGAUGAUGUUGAUGUUGGAGAUUCUAAGAAGGAGGGCGCGGCCGGUAAGAAGCCGCACAUACAGAAGCGAACGGCGGGAUCGAUCAAAACUAUGACGAAAAUCGAAGUGUUGGUCUACGAUAAGCGGGGAAAUUUCAUCCAUGGGAAGCAAAAACAGACCACAGAGGUCGACGUUGUUGAAACGACGUCUACCAAGCCAAGACCUCGCAGUCACACUCCGAUAUUGACGCCUAGGACGCUACAACGUUUGGAGGAACAUGAUCGGGAGGUACCGGUCCAGGAAGAGCCACGGGAACAAUUGAUUAUCACAUCUAAACUGAAGACACCACCGGCGGCUGAGGAAGAGCCAGCGAAGGCCAAGGUGCCUUUGUUCUUUGCUGUUACGCCGGAGCCCGAUUACCACUAUGAAGAGCCGGAACAUGGUGCGCCGUCUGUCCUUGAUCAAGACGAGCACGAGGGCGGGAGGUUGGAGGACGGGGAUUUACAGGACGACGAAUCGAUCGUUGGGGAGUUGACAUAUCCUGAUCAAAUGCAAGUCGAUCACCCAGAACCAGUCCAUCCCGAGGAAGAAAUUAUACCAGCCAAGCCAUCUACAACGACCUCGAAACCGAACGGUAUCCGCCGCGGACAUACACCUGAAGACCUUCCAGGACGCGUGGCAGACAUUAUCCUCCGUGCACGAACCAACAUCCUCAGGAUCAGGAAAGAACCGACUCUACCUGAAAUCGUACCUGAAACAGAGACGGAUUCAUCUAAUCGGAAUACCGAGUCUCAGGACUCCCAGCCCCAUCAAGAAAAAGCGGCAUUGCCAUCUAUCGUCGUACCCCUCACAGCUACACGUUCAGAGCGUCUAAUCUCAAAGAUGAUGCCUCGCUCGCCGCACUCACGGGGUGGCUCGCGCGUAUCGGUGAUUGAUGAAGAACGGUUCGGUACCCCCUUCGAAACACCAUACGAGAAUGAUGAUGAUGCCUGUAAUCAAGACAUUACGGUUCUCUCUCUAGUCAGCAGGGAAGCCACACCAGAUAGGUCUGUGGGCAUCCACAACACCAAGAAACCUCUCCGGCCUCUACCAGUGAUAUCACCUUCGGCAUUCGCUCCCCACCUCCCUUCGUCGUCGUUAAUCGAAUCGACUGCUGAUCCUGUGGAGGAGGAAGACGAGCUUAUGAGUUCCAUUGAGCAGUUUGAGUCGCCGGAUAAGGCGUCGUCGUACGUUGCACAACGUGGACGCGAGUUGGCCAAGGCGGCGGGGCGGGUAAGGGGGUCGGAGGAUGAGAAGGAGAAGGAGAGGAGGAAGAGGAUUACGCUUGAUGAGAUAAAAGCGAAAGCGGGGGUUGCGCGUGGGAAGGAGGAGAAGGAGAAGGAAGUUUCGGUUGUUUCUUCUCGUGUUUCUGGUUCUGGUUCUCCCUCUCCCUCUCGGUCUCACACCAGUGCGAAGAACAACGAACAUGCCGAUGACGAUCCUAUCCAGGUUGAUGACGUACAAGAAACACAGGACGAGGAGAAGACUCAGCCUUCAGCGGACGAUUCUGGACCGCGCAAGCACGUGUCUGUUGUUUGUGAAGAGGAAGAAGAGUCGACUCAGGAUCUGUUGCAAGAGCGUUGGGUGUAUGAGCAGCAGCAACGUGGAGUGGGAGAAGUGGACGUGGAUGUGGAUGUGGAUUUACAUGCUGGGUGGGGUGUACCUGUGGAUGAUGGGCAUGAUGAGCAGCCAAGUGGAGAUGAGCAAGAUGAGCAAGAUGAACCAUCUCGUGAGGAGGAGGAUUUCGUCGUGCAUGAGGAGGAUCUUCUCCUGCAUGAUCAGGACGCUGAGGGUGAAUUGGAGGAUAAUAUACCUGACUUUUCUAUGGAACAACCUAGCUCAUCCCCACCCAUACCGUCUAAUGAAAACGAACCUCCUACUUUCCCGAGGGAACCUAGCAUUCCUCCACUUCCGGCCAAGUCACGCUCGAGGUCGCAAUCCAAGUCCUCUAGGGGUUCUGCUAACAAACAACGUCAAGCGCAAGAGACGGCUCAGGAGCCCGAAAUUCCAGCGACUAACUCAACCCGUCAUGAAACACCUCCAGUUGCCAAAGCUCCGGAAAUAGAGACUGACGAUGAGCGACCUCACCUUGAAAUGGCGAUGUCGCUCUUGAACAAGAAGUCGGGCGAGAUUUACCAGAUGGAACAGCUCAUAGUCGCUGAGCAAGAGAAAAACGCGGCCAUUCUUGCGGAAAUGGCUUCCCUCCGAGAGCAGCUGAAGCAAGCGAACGCUCAACCUUCUGAACGACAUGUGACAGACGCCGAUGCGAUAGUUGCUUUGGAGAGGAAGAAGUGGGAAGAGGAACGGGCAGCUAUGAAUGCGUCACUGCAACGCGGUAUAGAACUCAAGGAGUCAGCAGAGAAAGACCGUGAUUUUUUCCGUGCGGAACACUCCAAAGCAUCGAGCUUUGUGUUGUCAGUUCGGAGUGAAAACAUGGAGCUGGAAAAGCGGGUUCAGAUAGCGGAGGGACAAGCCAAGGUUGGCGUUGCUCAGGUCAAAGCCGUCUUUGCGACCCAUAUCGAAGCUGCUAAGCGGGACGCCAGGGAAUGGCGGAUGCAGGCUACCUUCAUGAGGGAGAAGAUCGACCGCACCAACGACGAGAUACGUCGUCGUGCUGCUGAGGAACCCGAGCUUAGGGCGAGGUGCGAGGACCUCGAUGAAGAGCUCGAGUCUAUGCAGGAACAAAUCACAAAUAUGGAGGAAGAGAUCAAGCGGAAGAACGAGCAGAUUAUGCAUCUGGAAGUCGAGCGGGAGAACUGGAAGCAGGAGGCUGCAAAGUUGAGCGACGACUUGAAUGAGGCGAAUGCGAAGCUGGAUUACCUUGGGAAGAAGGGGCUGAGUGAGGCGGAGGUGAAUGCUAAUGGCCACGAGUUUGUUUAUCGUUGUGAAUGGCGGGAAGAUGGUCCUUGUGAAGCUGUGUUUUUGAAAAAAGGGGACAUCUUAACCUUGACUGAUAUCUGUCUCCAUCUUGGUUUUAGAGUAGAAAAAUCUUUUUAUCUCUGUAUUCAGCGUUCGAUCAUGGGUGACUGA